AGACAAGAACUUAAAAUGGAGUCGGGAAAAAGAUCCGCUAAUGACAAUAUAUGAUAAUUUCGAUCAGCAAGAUGAUUAUUAUAAUCUAUAUGAGGAUUGGAAGGUGAAACGCAGAAAGGAGAAAUCUAAAGCUAUUAUUAAUAACGAUAUAGAAACCCCAAAGGACUUAUUUGGAGGUUCUGAUACUUCAUCGGAUCAUAAUGCAACAGGAGAAGAUAUUUUUCUCAGUCAUCAGGUUCGCCAGCCAAAAAAUCUUGAUUACUAU